ACGCACCACAGAGAGAGAGAGAGAGAGAGAGAGAGAGGCAUCGAUGGUUUUACUAGUUCAUUGCGGAAGAAGAAGAAAAAUGUGAUAAAAAAAGCUCCCAGUAAAUGCUUCUUUGUUGUCCGCUCUGCUUCCUCUGCUUUUCGAGCCGGCCAAUCGCAUCCCAACCCAAUUCUUACUUUUCCAAUUCUCUCGAUUUGUUUUUUGUUUUUCUGUAUUGAUCUCUCAAGUUCUUAGCUGUGAAUUGGAUUGAGGGGUUUGAGAGGUCGAAACAGGAUUGAUUGGUUUUGAUUUGGAUUCGGGGCACCGACGAGUGGUUCAAUCGGAUCGUCAGGUGCAAAUCGGAUUUGGGUCGAUCUUAUUUUUCGGUAUAUGUUGGUGGGUUUUGAAUUUUGAUCCGAUUUUGUUGAUUGGAUUGGAAAUCAAAAUUCUGGGUUCGAUUUGAAAUGGUAUAUUUCCAUAGCUCAAUCUCGGUCUGCAACUCCGUUGACCAACCAAACGCUCCCAUGGCGGAUUCAAUGAGUUUAACCGACCCAAGUGCCAAAUCUAAGCAAACCAACCAUGUUCAAGGAAGAAGAAAGAUACCCAAUUCCCCCAAUUGCUCAAAGACUCCUUCUUGCGAUCGAUCUCGAUCGGCUUUGAUCGAUGUCGUGUUAUUCAUUGCGGUGGUUUGCGCUUUUGGAUAUUUGCUACUGCCGUAUGUGAAGUUUGUAUCUGUUAAGACAAUUGAAAUUGUGCGAAUAAUCAUGUAUGUGCUGAGGGAGGAGGUUUCGAAUGCUCCGUUGGUGUACGGAUGCAUGGGACUUAGCCUCUGCUGUGCGGCAUUGGCCGCUUGGGCUCUGCUGGCCUGCACCAGCAGGAAAUGUGGGAAUCCCAAUUGCAAGGGCCUCCGAAAGGCUGCUGAAUUCGACAUUCAGCUGGAGACGGAGGACUGUGUGAAGAAUUCGGCUUCGGUGGCUAAGGACGGAGUGAAGAAGGGCCUUUUUGAAUUGCCCCGCGAUCACCACCGCGAAUUGGAGGCCGAGCUUAAGAAGAUGGCGCCACCUAAUGGGAGAGCAGUGCUUUGUUUCGGGGCUAGGUGCGGGUGUUCUGUUGGUAGAUUGGAAGUUCCGGGACCGAAGAAGCUUAAAAAGAUCAAGAAGUAGGAUUAUGAUGAGGACAUGAGUAGUCAUAAUGCAGAGAAGAAGAGUGCCGUUCUGUAAGCCGUCUUCUCGGAACACAGUGUUGUUUUUAAAUAAGCUUAGCUCAUGGAAUAAGUUGUAAGGAUUAUAUACCCUUGGUUAUAGCAGGGAAUAUAUAACAAUCCCGUAUUUAAUUUCAUUUCCUUUUGGUUAUAUGUUUUGUCUAAAGUUUUUGAAUUUGAAAUUUAAAUUUGGUUAUCCAUUGAUGCA